AUGGGUCAGGUUGUGAUUGGCUUAUCAGGAGCCACCAUUUCACAGGAUCAUGCGAAGCUGGACUCCAUCACAAUUGUAGAAGCAAUAAAGCCAUUGGUUGAGGCUGAUCCCUCCUUAAAGGUAAAGUCCGUUAUAGCAGAAGUGCAAUCGAAGUUUAACUAUACUGUUAGCUAUCGAAAAGCAUGGUUGGCUAAGCAAAGGGCAGUAGAAAAAAUAUUUGGAGGUUGGGAGGCAUCGUACGAAGCGUUGCCUAUAUGGUUUCAGGCCAUGUGUCAUAAGGAGCCAUCAGCUGUUGUCCAUUUUGAGACUAUGCCUGCAUACCAAGGCGAUGACUUGGUUGGUCAUAUUCGGGUACUGCAUAGAGUAUUUUGGAGUUAUUACCCCUGUAUCAGGGCAUUCAGACAUUGUAAGCCAGUUGUCCAGGUGGAUGGGACUCACUUGUACGGAAAGUAUAAGGGUUGUCUCCUAGUCGCAGUUUCACAGGAUGGCAACAACAACAUCGUCCCAAUUGCGUUUGCUAUUGUCGAGGGUGAGACUUCUGAUGCGUGGCACUUUUUCCUUAGUAACUUGCGUCAACAUGUUGUCACUCGGGAUGGUGUGGGACUGAUAUCCGACCGACACGAAUCCAUCAAUGCAGCUGUGGAACGGAGUAACGGAGCCUGGUCACCUCCUAGAGCUUUUCAUAUGUUCUGCAUCAGGCAUAUAGAGUCAAAUUUUCUGCGGAAAUUCAAGGCACCGUACCUCCAAAAAUUGGUCGUCAACAUUGGAUAUUCCAGGACGGUGCGGGAGUAUGAAGUGCGUUACCAGCGAUUACGGGAACGGGGGGAAGCGUAUACCAACUAG